UGCCAACAUGAGUCCUUUUUGCUAAUAAAUGGCGGACCACCAAAUUUUGUAACAAAAGUGAUCCGAUAUUUCUGUGAAUAAAUCGUUUCGAAAUAAAAUAUUACAAUGGAGUUGACUCGCACUACACUUGGAAUUGCCGUGGGCAUUGCCGGGACUCUGUUCCUGGGGUAUUGUGUAUAUUUCGACCAACAACGUCGCAAGGACCCUCUUUUCAAAAAAAAGCUCAGAGAACGCAGACAGAAUGCCCGCAAGAACGCGUCACGCUCAAACGCCAUGGGAGGGCCGCUGCCUGACAUGAGCGACCAUGAGGCUAUGCAGCGGUUCUUCCUGCAACAGAUACAGCUUGGUGAGGAGCUCCUGGCAGCUGGAGACCUCGAGGCGGGAGUGGAGCACCUCGGCCAGGCGGUGGCAGUGUGCGGGCAGACACAGCAGCUGCUCAGUGUGCUCCAACAAACCAUGCCGGCCCCGAUCUUCCACCUGCUCCUGAAGAAGCUCCCCGAGGUCUCGGAGCGACUCCGGGCCUCCAUGAAGGCGAGCGGUGGCAGUGUUCUGCAAGAGGAGGACGUUGAAUAAGCAGAGGCUGGUUAUGAAUCAACGUUGAUUUGCACUUGCGGC